AUGGUCCUCUCCUCCACGCUGACGCCCGACUCCGUCGUCUACGACCAUCGGCGCAUCGUCCACAUUCGGACGUACGACUGGCCGCGCUGGUCGAUCCGCAUCUGGCUCUUCGUCAUGCUGCUCGCCGCGUCGAGCAUCCUCGGCGUCUUUGCCACCUUUCUGCAGAUGCAGUCGGAGUUGGGCCUGCCCGUGCCGUGGUACCUCCCGUACUACGUCACCGUCGCCGCCGUGGCGCUGACGUUUCUGCUCAUUGUCAUGUGGCUCCUGUGGAACAGGCGGCUGCUGCCGGGCGUCGUUUUCAUUGGCGCGCUCGCGCUGUUUGUGCUGUGGAUGGUUGGACUGGUGGCGAGCAGCAUCGCGCUCUGGGGCGCGGGCGGCGUGCAGAGCGUGUGCAACGUGCAGGUGUUUAGCCAGAGCCCGCACGCGCCCGACGUGACGACGCUGGCGUGGAUGCAGCAGCGCAAUAUCUGCCAAACGUGGUAUUUGGUUUUUGCCAUGGGCUUGACGGGUGCCAUUUUUCUGAUCUGGGGCUUGUUUAUAUCGUACCACGUAUUUAAGCGCUCAUGA